AUGGGUAUGCUGGGGCCCUUGACCGCUCAGGCGUUGGGCCGGUCACCCUAUGACGAUGUUGUGGAAGGGGAAGGCGAGGAAGAUCGCAGACAGCCGGCACAACAGUAUGACAUUCGUGGUCGGCCGAUCAACCCAGAAACCAGGCGGAUGAACCGCGAUAUCGUGAGGUCUCACAAUGAAGUCAUGCUCGUUAUUGGCGUUGCAGAAGCAGAGAACCCACUUUCGACCCUUGAGGUAGAAUCAAAACGUCGACAUGAAGACUAUGAAGAAGAAAUCGGUCUAGGGUUGCUUUCUUCCGCCCAGCACUGUGUCGAGGCUGUCGGCGUCUUUGGCGUUAACGGCCUUCGUCAACGUAUCCUGUGCCUCGGCCUGGCAAAGAGUUCAUUGCUACUCCCAAGCCCAAAGUUUUUCAUUCCAUUCACUGAUGAAUCACCCAUACCGGCCCCACCACUUCCAGAGGACUUCACAGUGCCCUCGAUUCUCCGUUGGGCUGGAGAUCUGUCCAUGUCCGCCGCACCGUUCCUCGUCUGGGCCAUGACCCGACGAAUGGGGCGUGACUGGAGGUUGCAAAUCUGGGAUCAAAUGUUCAAGCGCCUACCAAGCACCUCAUUUCUUGGUAAGAAGACGACGCUAACUCCGGCGACCUUGUCGUCGCCGCUGCCGCCCCCACCGUCGACAGCUCCUCAUAAUUUGAACAAUGUAGUAGAACUAGCAAACUGGGAGGAGCCGCCAGGUGUGCAAUACGGCCGAAGCUUGUUGACAGAGCCUGGCUACACCCCUACAACCGAACCCGAGUCCACGAACCAGGAUGAUCCCACAUCCCGGCACGAUGUCACGGUUCAAGUCGAUUCAACUACCCAGGUAGAUUCCACCGAACAACCUAGCCCCGUCGAAGCAAUCCGACGGCCAAGCAUAUUCUCGACCAGGGGUGAUGACUAUGCUACCGACGAUGACGAGAAUGAGGGUGUUACAGCUACCCUCAUCAGCUUCGACGUUGAGGCGACAGAGUCGAACGAGGCUCCAGCCGGUCUCUGGUCAGCCGAACUACGUCCUAGCGCAGCCCCGGAUACGAGACCAAACUCAAGCAUAACCCCCGAGUACCUAGACACGCUUCUCACCAGGCUUCCGGCACUUGUUGGAGUUCAGUUGUUCACGAAUGCUGCUCUUCGCAUCUUGAUGGUGCCAUACGAGGCCACCGCUCUUAGGCUAGUCUCCCGCACCUGGCUCCUGCGACAAGGCAUCGGAUGCGAUGCCAUGCGUUGUGCAAAUUUGUUUAGCGGCCUAAGCUUGACCUCCGUUGUGAACUUGAUUGGCUGCGAGAUGCUGCAUCUGGUUCUCUGCGGCGAAGUUUGGGCUUUAUUCACAGCCAUUUCGGAUUGGUUUCACAUGACGGAAGACGAGUGGAAAGCCGAGGAGGAGGCAAAAGACUGA